ACUGAGACCGAGACCUCCAGUACAGGCACAGGGGGUCGUGUUUGUAGGGAAGGGGAGAGGAGAGAGAGAGAAAAGCCUGGGAAAGUUUACAAUGACGUGAAGUUCAGAAGGAUAUUCAGAAGCUGUACAAAAAUGGACGAAUCAGAAGGACCAAGCGAGGACCAGUGCACUUAUCCAAUUGUACCUGGAAGUGACUUUCGUGCCCGCUUGCAGGUGUUUGUGGAGGAGAGGAUGCAAACCACCAUGUUGACGGGCAUGUUGAUUGGAGCCGCGGUCGCUGUGUGUCUAAUAGGCAUCUCUGUGCUCUUCCUGUAUCGCAGAUACAAACUCACAAGUCAGCAGGCAGGUACCCCUCGGUAUCGCUUCAGAAAGAGGGACAAGGUUCUUUUCUAUGGUAGGAAGAUCAUGAGAAAGGUCCAGACUCUGUCCUCUACCCCAUCGUCUAAUUCAGUUUCUAAGCAGCGUCUACGGAAGAGACCUAAAGUCCUAAGCAUAGCUCGCAGGAUCUUGCGGAUAAGGAAGGAGCCCCCAACUCUGCAGCCCAAAGAGCCCCCUCCCUCACUUCUGGAAGCAGAUCUCACUGAGUUUGAUGUGCAGAACUCAAAUUUACCCUCUGAGGUGCUUUACAUGCUUAAGAAUGUCAGGGUGCUAGGUCACUUUGAGAAGCCGCUGUUCUUGGAGCUUUGUCGACACAUGGUGUUUAUUGAGCUGCAGGAGGGCGAGGGCCUCUUUAGACCAGGAGAUGCUGAUGACAGCAUUUAUGUGGUCCAGGAUGGAAGACUGGAGCUGUGCAUUCAUGAGAAUGAUGGAACAGACCCUGUGGUGAAGGAUGUGCUGCCCGGAGACAGUGUUCACAGCCUGCUUAGCAUUCUAGACAUCAUUACGGGUUAUCCAGCUCCGUAUAAGACGGUGUCUGCUCGCGCAGCAGUGCGCUCCACUAUCCUGCGCCUGCCUGCCUCAGCUUUCCAAUCGGUGUUUGAAAAAUAUCCAGAGACGUUAGUGAGGGUUAUACAGAUAAUUAUGGUCCGGCUGCAGAGAGUGACCUUCCUUGCUUUGCACAACUACCUGGGACUGACCACUGAACUCUUCAAUCCAGAGAGGCAGGCAGUGCCUCUUACUGCAGUUAAUAGCGUGAUUGCUGAGGGGAGCCCCAGCCGUGUGCCUCGCAGGCCACACUUUCACACACAAGUCUUUGAAGAUCACAUCCAGGGGCAUGCAGAGUCUACAGAUUCAGAUGGAGGGAAAACCAGUUCUUCUGAGAAUUUAUCCAUAGCUGUCAGGAAGCCUCGCUCAGUUUCCAUGCCGGUGGAUACCACAGGAAUGGCAGGAAAUGACCUGAGCAUGGCAUAUGAGCGAGCCAGAGUGACCAUGGAGGAACCACCAUCCAGCCCUGUUCUGUACAAGUCUAUUCUGAAGAAGACUGUGACCAUGCAGCACACACCGUCGGCAGUAUUUCACUACACAGACAGCGGGGGACGCUCUGAUGUCCACCCAAGUAAAGUGGGAGCCAUCUUCCAGGCAGCCAAAAAAGACCUUCUUGGGAUUAUCCCACUGCAGGACCCCAGUCUACUGGAGGGCAGAGUGACUCUGCACCAGGUGAAGGCUGGCUCGGUGGUGGCAUGUCAAGGAGACCAGGAAGUGAGUGUGCAGUUUGUGAUUACGGGAUUGCUGCAUGUGUAUCAGCGAAUGAUUGACCGUGAGGAGGAGACAUGUUUAUUUGUGACUCAUCCAGGAGAGCUGGUGGGCCAGCUGGCCGUGCUCACGGGAGAGCCGCUCAUCUUUAGUGUGCGUGCUCACCGUGACUGCACUUUCCUCUCCAUCUCCAAAACCCACUUCUAUGAGAUCAUGCGUGCAGAACCCACAGUCGUGCUGAAUAUAGCUCACACUGUAGUGCGCAGGAUGUCCCCAUUUGUCAGACAGAUUGACUUUGCUCUUGACUGGAUGGCUGUGGAGGCUGGUCGAGCAGUCUAUAGGCAGGGCGAUAAAUCGGACAGUACAUUCAUAGUUCUGAGUGGACGCUUGCGUUCUGUCAUUCUGAAGGACGAUGGGAAAAAGGAGCUGACUGGAGAGUACGGUAGAGGAGAUCUCAUCGGAGUGGUGGAGGCUCUAACCCAUCAAAACAGAGCUACUACGGUGCAUGCUGUAAGAGACUCUGAGCUUGCCAAGCUGCCAGAAGGAGCACUCAGCUCCAUCAAGAGGAAAUUCCCUCAGGUGGUCACACGGCUUAUUCAUCUGCUUGGACAGAAGAUCCUUCAGCAGGUUAAUGGACCUCUAACAGCACGCAGUCUGGCUCUUCACACCCCAGGCAGCAAGUGGGAUGCUGGGAAUCCUGCCUCUAACCUGUCCACAGUGGCUGUGCUGCCCGUGUCUGAGGAGGUCCCUCUGACUGCGUUCACGCUGGAGCUGCAACAUGCUCUGAUUGCCAUCGGUCCCACCCUCCUCUUGACCAGUGACAUCAUCAAACAGCGUUUGGGAUCUGCAGCACUAGACAGUGUACAUGAGUAUAGGUUGUCGAGUUGGCUGGGCCAGCAGGAGGACAUCCACCGCAUUGUUUUGUACCAGACUGACAGCACACUCACACCCUGGACACAGCGUUGCAUCCGCCAGGCUGACUGUAUCAUAAUCGUGGGACUGGGGGAGCAGGACCCAGCAGUGGGCGAGCUGGAGCGGAUGCUGGAGGGCAGUGCUGUGAGGGCUCAGAAGCAGCUGGUGUUGCUGCACCGUGAGGACGGUCCUCCACCCUCAGGAACAGCGGAAUGGCUCAACAUGCGCAGCUGGGUCCCUAGACACUUGCACCUGUCCUGCCCCCGCAGGGUCUUCUCCAAAAGGAGCCUUCCCAAACUGAGAGAGAUGUACCAGCGGGUGUUCCAAAAGCAAGCAGACCGCCACUCAGACUUCUCCCGGUUGGCACGAGUACUGACAGGCAACGCCAUUGCUUUGGUGCUGGGAGGAGGAGGGGCCAGGGGUUGUUCUCAGGUGGGAAUCCUCAGAGCGCUCACUGAGGCAGGAAUCCCUGUGGACCUGGUGGGGGGUACCUCUAUCGGUGCCAUGAUGGGAGCCCUAUAUGCUGAAGAACGCAGCUACAGCAGGAUGAGGAUCCGAGCCAGGGAGUGGGCUAUGGAGAUGACGUCAGUAUUUAAGAAGAUUCUAGAUCUGACAUACCCCACCACCUCUAUGUUCUCUGGAGCAGCCUUCAAUUCCAGUAUCAAUGCUGUCUUCCAGAAUAAGCAAAUUGAGGAUCUGUGGAUCCCUUAUUUUAACAUCACCACUGACAUCACUGCUUCAGCCAUGAGAGUGCACACUGAUGGUUGGCUGACCUUCUACACUUCUGCUGCUUUUUUUCUGUACAUGCUUAAUGUGUGUUCAGUAAGCAAACUUAAUUUGAUUUCUCUCCCUCUCUCUGUGUCUCCCUCAGGCUCUCUGUGGAGGUAUGUGCGUGCCAGCAUGUCUCUGUCUGGUUACCUUCCACCUCUCUGUGAUCCCAAAGAUGGACAUCUCCUCAUGGAUGGAGGCUACAUCAAUAACCUGCCUGCGGAUGUGGCACGGUCUAUGGGAGCUAAGGUUGUGAUUGCCAUUGAUGUGGGCAGCCAGGACGAGACCAAUCUCACUAACUAUGGAGAUGCCCUGUCCGGAUGGUGGCUGCUAUGGAAACGUCUCAACCCUCUGGCAGAGAAAGUCAAAGUGUUGAACAUGGCUGAGAUUCAGACUCGGCUGGCUUACGUGUGCUGUGUGCGGCAAUUGGAGUCCGUUAAGAACAGUGAUUACUGUGAAUACAUCAGACCCCCCAUCAACAGAUACCGCACUCUGGAGUUUGGCAAGUUCGAUGAGAUUGCUGAGGUGGGUUACCAGCAUGGUAAGACUGUGUUUGAUGUGUGGAUCAGGAGUGGAGUGGUGGAGAAAAUGCUGAAGGACAGGCAUCAGGAGGAGUUCCACAACACCCACAGAAACAAUAUGGUGACUUGUCCAAACGCCUCCUUCACUGAUCUGGCAGAGAUUGUCUCCCGUAUUGAACCUGUCAAACAAGCUCUUGUGGAUGAGGAGUCAGACUAUCACACAGAUUAUGAGGAGGAGCUUGUGGAGAGUGCUCUGUCAGACAUGGAGCUGCCGACUCACUGCAGUGAACACACAGAGGAGGAGCUCACUGCUGAUACUGAUGAAGAGCCAGAGAGAGCUCAGAAACAGCAUCUCCUCCUCAACCCAGAAAAUAUGGGGCCUGUAUCCUCCCCCCAGCUGCUCCACACCCCAAGCCCUCAAGACUCGACCACCACACGAGCCAGAAAGGAAGAUGGAGGACUGAUGUUUGCCCGACCUGCCUUAAUAACAUAAGCCAGGAGCCAUGUGAACCCAACGCUAAUUAUGGAGAUGAAUGUCUGCCGAAAGUCAGUGGGCAUGUUGCCUAAUGGAAACUAUACGGGCUUCAAUCACUGCUGCUUACUCUGCUACUUGGGCUGAACAAAACUGCUUAUGCAAACUGCUAUAUUUAAGAUUUAGUUCUCUGAGGCAUUGGGAGGCAGGGCACUUAUCUAAUGAAAUUGCCAAGAUGAAUAUUGUGUUACCCAUUCAUAUAUGAAGGGCUUGUACAUGAGAUGACAUGAAGUGUGUUCUCUGGCCACUCUGGAGAAGACUGAGGUGAGGUAAUAAGACAGUAGCCUUUAAGUGCACCAAGUACAUAUUUCCAAGUUGCUUUGGCUUGUCAGUAUAUGUUUUGUUAUAGUACUGUCUGUGUAAAGCUGUUUAGAUCUCACUGCUUUCACCAUCCAGCAAAAGUUUUCUGCCUUUUGAAAGUUAGUAGCAUUUUCUAGCUGUUUUUCUGUUCACUUUAUUAAGAUACUUUGGGUAUUUUUGCAGUGCUCAGUUUCACAGUUGUCAAAGUGGUCUUCCUUGUUAUGAUGAAAACUUUUCCAAACUUGUAAAAAGCACAUAUCGCAAAUCAUUUGCCUCAAAUAUGGUUUAAAUAUCUGAAAGGCUUUAGUGCUGACAUAACAACACGGGUAUAAAUUAUGUUGAUUUUGACAUUAUGCUGUGUAUUCUGACUAAUGUUGAUGUUGAUACUUGUAAGGGUUAAUGAAUGGAUAAUCGAAUGACUAGAAUAAAAAAAAGUGCCUGAAAAAAGAAGGUAGAAUUUAAUCCUGGGCUAUAGACUUACUUUUUAGGUGAAAUCACUGGUGUUGC